AUGAACUCACCAAGCGAGCGUCCCGUCUUCAUCCACGGCGGCGUUGUGGUCAACGACGACCGGGAGUGGAGGGCCGACGUGUUGGUCGAGGGGGGCGUGGUCAAGGCCGUAGGGCUCGACCUCAACGUCCCUUCUGACGCCCUUCGCCUCGACGCCACCGGCAAGUUCGUCCUACCCGGCGGCAUUGAUACGCACACGCACAUGCAGCUGCCCUUCAUGGGCACCGUUGCCGCCGACGACUUCGACAUCGGCACUCAGGCCGCCGUUGCGGGAGGCACCACCAUGAUCCUGGACUUUGUGAUUCCCCAGAAGGGCCAGUCGCUGCUGGAGGCCUACGACCAGUGGAAGCAGUGGGCCGACCCCAAGGUCAACUGCGACUACUCGUUCCACGUCGCCGUCACCUGGUGGAGCGACCAGGUGGCCGACGAGAUGAAGGUUCUGGCCGAGGAGCGGGGCGUGAACUCGUUCAAGAUGUUCAUGGCCUACAAGGGCGUGUUCAUGCUCGAGGACGACAAGCUCUUCCACGCCUUCACCCGCUGCAAAGAAUUGGGCGCCCUUCCUCAGGUGCAUGCGGAGAACGGGCACCUGGUCGCGGAGGGCCAGAAGAAGAUGCUGGAGCUCGGCAUCUGCGGACCCGAGGGCCAUCUGAUGUCCCGCCCGGAGGAGGUCGAGGCCGAAGCCACCCACCGAGCCAUCACCAUCGCCGAUCAGGUCAACGUGCCCAUCUACAUCGUUCACGUCAUGUCCAAGGGUGCAGCGAACAAGGUCGUGGACGCCCGCCAGCGAGGCAAGCUGGUGUACGGCGAGCCCAUCGCUGCUGGUCUCGGCACGGACGGCUCUCACUGCUGGCACCACGAUUGGCGCCACGCGGCUGCCUACGUCAUGGGUCCCCCCCUCCGCCCUGACCCCACCACCAAGGACCACUUGAUGCGUCUGCUGGCUUCGGGCGAUCUGCAGACGGUGGGCACGGACAACUGCACGUUCAACGCCAACCAGAAGGCCCUGGGCAAGGACGACUUCACGCGCAUCCCCAACGGCCUCAACGGCACCGAGGACCGCAUGUCCAUCGUGUGGACCAAGGGCGUCGCCACCGGCUUUGUGGGCGUGACGUCGUCCAACGCUGCGCGCAUCUUCAACAUCUACCCGCGCAAGGGCCGCAUCGAGGUGGGCGCCGACGCCGACAUCGUGAUCUGGGACGGCGACGCCAAGCGCACCAUCAGCGCCAAGACGCACCACCACGCCGUCGACUUCAACAUCUUCGAGGGCAUGGAGGUCCAGGGCGUGGCGGUGACCACCCUCGUGCGCGGCCGCGUCGUGUGGCGCGACGGCGAGCUGGUCCCGGCCCAGGGCUGGGGCCGCUACGUGCCGCGGCCGUGCUGGGGUCCGGCCUUUGGCAGCGUGGCCCAGCGCGACGCCCAGCGCGCGCUCUACCACCAGCCCGUCAAGCGCGAGCCCUACGCCGGCCCCGUCAUUCAGCUCUGA